UGAAUAUAUUAAUGGUGUAAAAGCGGUGGGAAGUUAAUGGAAGGCAGGGCCAAGCAUUGAAAGCAGCACCUUUGACUUUCCUUUUUUUGGUUUUUCAAUCAAAAACUGGAGUUAAUGUUUGAGGGACUCUCACGCUCAACAACUCUCACACAUGUAUAUAUGUCAAUGCUAGAAUUUUUUUUUCUUAGUCAAACCUAUUUUUACUAACCUCUGUCUCUCUCAAACCAUCCCCCUUCUUAGGGUUUCGCCCUUUCUCUUUAUUUUUUAUUUUUAUUUUUUAAGUUCACUUGUUUUUAUUAUUAUUAUUGUUUACACUUCUUCAUCAAGGAACCUUUUUUUAUCCUUCUCUCCAUUCAAGUUUCGUUCUUGGAAUUUCCAAACCUGAAAAUCUUGGGAGUUUCAAGACACAUCGAAAUCGAACCAAAGGAUUGGCGUUUCGGCUUCAAAUUGUUUGAGCUUCACUUUUAUCGGUUUCCUCCAGCUUCAAAAUCUGCUCUUAGAAAGAUUCCCACUUUAGUUUUUGACCUGCGUAAAAUAGUGAUGCACUGAGCAAUGGCGCUUAAGAGUACAGCUCUAAAGGCGGCUGAGAUUGCCAUAGGGUCCAUUGGAUGUGGAUAUGAUAUUGGAAUGGAUCUUCGGCUGAAGUACUGUAAAGGGAAUUCAAAAGAUUCAUGUCUUAUUGAGAUUCAUGAAGAUGGACGCCAUGAGAUUGUUUUACCUGGUGGAAUUUCAAUACCCAAUGUGUCCAAGUCAAUAAAAUGUGAUAAAGGAGAGCGCACGCGGUUCAGGUCUGAUGUCCUCUCCUUCCAGCAGAUGUCAGAGCAAUUCAACCAAGAAAUAUCUUUGACUGGAAAAAUACCUUCAGGCCACUUCAAUUCCAUGUUUGAAUUCUCUGGUUGUUGGCAAAAAGAUGCUGCUAAUACCAAGACACUUGCUUUUGAUGGGGUUUUCAUCACCCUCUACUCAGUUGCACUGGAGAAAUCUCAAAUUGUGCUACGAGAUCAUGUCAAGAAAGCAGUCCCAUCUACAUGGGAGCCAGCAGCAUUAGCAAGGUUUAUUGACACUUAUGGAACCCAUAUAAUUGUUGGUGUGAAGAUGGGAGGGAAGGAUGUUAUUUACAUAAAACAGCAGCAUUCAUCUACUCUUCAACCUGCUGAUAUCCAGAAAAGAUUGAAGGAUAUGGCUGAUAAAAGGUUUUUAGAUGCCAGUGGACAUUAUAACUUGGCGCCUGAGCAAGUCUUCCAGAGUGACAAGUUUGAAAUUAGGGAGCAGCGGCUAAGGUUUGCUAGUAACAGUCCAUCAAGUUCAUAUGCACAGAAAGAGGAUAUUAUAAGCAUUUACAAAAGGAGGGGUGGAAAUGAUAAUAGAAACCUUUCCCAUAAUGACUGGUUACAGACAGUUCAGUCAGAGCCUGAUGUAAUCUCAAUGUCCUUUAUCCCUAUUACUUCCCUAUUGAAUGGAGUUCCUGGUAGUGGAUUUCUGAGCCAUGCCAUAAACCUAUAUUUGCGAUAUAAACCACCAGUUGAAGAGCUCCACCAGUUUCUGGAAUUUCAGCUUCCAAGACAGUGGGCCCCAGUGUUCAGUGAACUUCCUCUUGGUCCACAGCGAAAGCAACAAAGCACUGCCUCUUUGCAGUUCAGCUUCAUGGGGCCCAAGCUUUUUGUGAAUACUACUCCGGUUGAUGUGGGUAAGAGGCCUGUGACUGGCCUCCGUCUAUAUCUAGAAGGUAAAAGGAGCAACCGCUUGGCCAUCCACUUGCAGCACCUUUCCUCCCUUCCAAAAAUAUUCCAACUUGUAGAUGAUCCAAAAGGGAACUUCUGCCAAGAGUCUCAUGAUCGUAACUACUAUGAGAGAGUUUAUUGGAAGAACUACUCUCACGUAUGCACUGCUCCCAUUGAAUCUGAGGAGGAACUCUCAAUUGUAACCGGAGCCCAGUUGCAGGUUGAGAAUCAUGGUUUUAAAAAUAUUCUCUUUUUACGGCUACGCUUCUCGACUGUCUUGGGAGCGAUGUCUAUUAAGCAUCCAGAAUGGGAUGGAUCACCUCGGUUGGCACCUAAGUCUGGACUCAUAUCCACACUAAUUAGUCAUCACUUCACAACAGUUCAGAAACCACCUCCAGGGCCAGCUGAUGUGAAUAUAAACUCCGCUGUUUACCCGGGAGGCCCUCCUGUACCUGUUCAAGCUCCUAAGCUUUUGAAAUUUGUUGAUACAACAGAGAUAACAAGAGGACCACAAGAGGUUCCUGGAUAUUGGGUUGUUUCUGGGGCAAGAUUAGUCGUCAAGAAGGGAAGGAUCUCUCUCCUGGUAAAGUAUUCUUUACUGACUGCAAUAUUACCUGAUGAAGAUGACAUUGAUGAGCACUAGCAGAUUUUCCCUUCCACUUAUCACCUUGCUUUCUUUGCCCGCUAUGUUAGUAGAUAUUAAUAGAAAAAAGUUACUGAAGAUGAGUAUAGAGAAUGGGGAGUGGGGAGUGGAAACAUAACAAGUCAUAUUUACAGGGAUAAACUUAAUGGGAAUGGGUGAAUGGAAGGGAGGUUAAAGAGCUUAGGAGAUAUAAAUUCUUCAAGUUGCAUUUCUUGUAAUGUAAAUUUUAUCAUUGCUUGUUUCUAAUAUAAAUUCUUCAAGUUUCAUGCUCAAUGAUGAUUAUGAUUUGCAAGGGAUUGUUUCCUUUGCAUGUAGAAUAAUAA